AAACUACAACUAGCUACAUACAUAACAUGCAACUACAAGUUGCUUGUACAAGGGUUACAUUCCAUAUACUGUUUAUAUGCAUGUAACUGAUUAAAGUUACUAAUAAAUAAAAUUAUAUCAAUUAUUCCGAAGUAUUCCUAACUCAAUCAAACUUUAUGUUUUAUUAAAGUUUGGAAAUACAAUGGGCUCCCAUGCGUUUUUAUGUCAUAAAUAACGAAAUGUUUGUAGUUAACCUGUAACACGUGUUGCUAAUGUUUACAACUUGCAGAUAAUAUUUUUGGACAACUUUGAGAUUGUAAUAAAUAAUUUAAUUAUUACGCAUAAUCAACAUGAGUAAAAUUUCCCCGAAUAUUUUAAUAACAGGUACUCCAGGAGUUGGAAAAAGUUUAAUGUGCCGUCUUCUAUCGGAAAGGACAGGAUUAACCUGGAUUGAUGUUAGUAAAUUUGCCAUUGAAAACAAAUGUUCAGAAGAGUAUGAUGAAGUGUAUCAAUGUCCUAUUUUAGAUGAAGAUAAGUUAUUAGAUCACAUGGAAGAACUUAUGUGUAAAGGCGGAGUAAUUGUUGAUUACCAUGGAGCUGAUUUCUUCCCAGAAAGAUGGUUCGAUAUUGUUUUUGUAUUAAGAACUGAUAAUACAAUACUAUAUGACCGUUUGAAGGAACGAGGCUACACAGGAAAAAAAUUGGAAGAUAACAUAGAUUGUGAAAUCUUUCAAACGAUACUUGAGGAAGCUAAAUCAGCUUAUGAAGAAGGAAUGGUACAUGAGUUAAUGAGUAAUAAUAUGAAUGAAGUCACAAGUAAUAUAGAUAGGAUUUGUCAAUGGAUAGUACAAUGGAAAAUAGACAAUGAACCAUAAUCUACCAUAUUGUAAAAAAUUAACAAUGCAUUAACUUUGUAAGUAAAGAACUAAUAUGUCUCAUUGUAAUUCUUAUAUUGACUACUUAUUUAUACAUUAAAAUGAAUGUAUAAUAAUGUCACAAAUAAUAUGUAUAUCAUUAGGG